AAAGAAAACAUUUAACUAACAAAGAUCAUUACUAACUAAUCAGUGAGGUGAAAUAAAGAGAGCUCCCGCCAUCUCAGAUGACGGUGCCUCUAUGGGAGGUGUGACUGUGAGGCAAAAAGAGAGCUGUUAAGAGAGAAAUACUCAGAUUUAUUAAAUUAAACCAAUAUUAAAACUACCUAACACUUAUCUCCUUCUUCCUUAAAUCCUCCCCACUUUUCUUUGUCCUUCAUACUCCUCUCAUUCUCUUUUAAAAAUCAAACCAAACCCCUUCUCUUAUAGAGUUGGGUUUGUUUACUUGCUUUUCUUUUUCGUUCAGUAAGAAAUUAGCUGGGUUUUCAAGUCAACAAUAUUUUUAACUGCACACCCCCUUUAGUUACCAUCCUUUUCUCUUGACCUGGACUCUCAUUAUUCUUGCUAGCUAAUCAUGGGAGUCUUUUCCCUUAGUUCAUCUUCGUCUUGGUUACCAGGUAAGCUCGUUAGAGUGCCUGAAAAUAAUGACUUGUGUCCUUCAAGGAGGAAGGCAAUCGUUGUGUGUUGCCAAGGAGGUGGAAAUCUGAAGUCCAGUGGGGUUUCUUCUGUUUUGACAGAGAGAUCACCAUUGGUGAGCACAGACCAUACUGCAACUGUAAUGGAUGCAGGAAGCUUGGUCUUGUCUCCAAAUGGGAAAAGCCAGGCAGAGAUUGUAGUCAACGAUUUGAUGCCUUGUGCUGGGCCAUCACCCACCACUUCCAUAGGAUUGAAAGAUGGAAUAGGCAUCGUCAAGUUUCUCAGAGGAAAGAAGUUUUUCAUUACUGGUGCAACCGGGUUUCUAGCUAAAGUUCUUAUCGAGAAGAUUUUGAGGACUGAGCCUGAUGUGGGCAAAAUGUACCUUUUGAUCAAGGCAAAGAAUAAGCAAGCUGCAAUGGAGAGACUGCAGAAUGAAAUCAUAAAUACAGAGCUUUUCAAAAGCCUUAGGCAAAACCAUGGAAAAUCCUACCAAGCCUUCAUGUUGAGCAAGCUGGUUCCUGUUGUAGGCAAUAUUUGUGAAUCCGGUCUUGGAUUAGAGGAAGAUUUGUCUGAUAUUAUUGCAGACGAAGUGGAUGUAAUUGUAAAUUCUGCUGCUAAUACAACAUUUGAUGAAAGAUAUGACACUGCUGUCAACAUAAACACUAGAGGACCCUGCCGCCUUACAGGCUUUGCGAAAAAGUGCAAGAACCUUAAGCUCUUUCUGCAUGUUUCAACAGCAUAUGUUAAUGGACAAAGGCAAGGUAAAAUCACCGAGAGGCCAUUUAUCAUUGGAGAUAGUAUAGCUAGAGAGAAGUUUGUACCUGAAGUUCCAACAGAAGCCUUGCCCAUAUUGGACAUUGAAGGGGAAAUGAAGCUGAUUUCAUAUUACAGGGGAAAAUUUGAAGGGAACUUGUUAGCUCAAAAGAUGAAGGAGUUGGGUCUUGAGAGGGCAAGACUCUAUGGGUGGCAAGAUACUUACGUGUUCACAAAGGCUAUGGGAGAGAUGAUGAUGGAUAAACUGAGAGAGGAUCUUCCAGUUGUUAUAAUUAGACCUAGUGUUAUAGAGAGCACUUUCAGAGAGCCAUUUCCUGGAUGGAUGGAAGGAAAUAGGAUGAUGGAUCCAAUAGUUCUAUGCUAUGGAAAAGGGCAGCUCACAGGUUUCUUAGUAGAUCCAAAUGGAGUAUUGGAUGUGGUACCAGUAGACAUGGUUGUUAAUGCAACCAUGGCAGCGAUGGCAAAGCAUGGAACGGCUCAAAAGCCAGAGAUCAAAGUGUACCAUGUUGCCUCAUCUGUGGUGAACCCUCUGGUGUUCCAAGAUCUGGCAAGACUGCUCUAUCAACACUACACUUCUUCACCCUGCAUUGACUCAAAGGGAAGGCCAAUUGAAGUCCCAUUCAUGAAGUUGUUCAGCUCCACAGAAGAAUUCUCUGCUCACCUCUGGACAGAUGCAAUUCAGAAAAGUGGCCUCACAGCCAUGGACAAGCUGCCCCACAGACUCGAAACUCUAUGCAGAAAAUCAGUGGAGCAAGCAAAGUAUUUGGCCAACAUAUAUGAGCCCUAUACAUUCUAUGGUGGAAGGUUUGAUAACAGUAAUACUGAGAGAUUAAGGGAAAUGAUGUCAGAAGAAGAGAAGAGGGAAUUUGGGUUUGAUGUAAAGGGUAUAGAUUGGGAAGAUUACAUAAAGAAUGUGCACAUACCAGGUCUAAGAAGACAUGUGAUGAGGGGAAGAGGGAUGGGUGGCUGGUGACUCUUUGAAUCUUGUGACAACUAAACAAACACCACUCUGUCUCCUCCAACCAUCUGUAAUAAGUUACGUUCUUCUCUUUCAACCUAAGGAAUUUGGCCCUGCCACGAGUAUAGUUUAUAUAUAUUAUCCAUAUUGUAAUUUAUCAAUAAUUCAAACUAUAAUGAAUUGAUCCU